UUAUUUUUGUGUGACUUUGGUGAAGAAGAGAAAGCAAACAGUCUUAUACUGACAGGAGAAAUUAUUUGUUUUGUUGGUAGUUUUAUCAAUAGCAAGCCUGCGGCGUAUUUUAGCAAAGACUGCCCAAUUGUUCAGUAUACUUUAUUGCAUCGUGAGCUGGUCAGUGUAGUAUCACAGCUAGCUGUGCCUGUGAGUUUCACAACAGAAGUACACACAGCUAGCUAGCAUAGCUGUGCUAUCAUGAGAGCUGCCAAAAGCUAGCUAGCCAUCUCACGUUGACGUUAUCUAUCUACCCAGUCACAACCUUGUGUCCAGUGCAUUGUGCACUCUAGUGACCACAAUGGCAUUUUGACAACUACUUUUGUUCUUUGAAUCGUUGUGUUUUGAUGCUGCUGAUGGGGAGGACUGUCCGACACGAGUGUCAGCCCGGGGAACUAUUAUGUUAGGUUUUGAAUAGCAAGCCAAGUUGAAGUUACUGUUUAUAUUUUGUUGACAAGGACACUUUCCGUUGUCAGCUAGCUGACUGGUUGGCUGGAGUGUUUGAAAAUGGAAUUAAAUUAUCAGAACGACUAAAAGACACAUUGAAAUAUACAGCGAAAUGACUCCAGACUCAUGGUGUGAACGCUGACCCCCCCACUCCCUAACUCUCCCCUUCCAACAACUACUCAUAAUGUUGGAGGGACUUGUUGCCUGGGUACUGAAUACAUACCUUGGCAAAUAUGUCAGUAACUUGAACACUGACCAGCUCUCCAUCGCCCUACUGAAAGGGGCGGUGGAGUUGGAAAAUCUACCCUUGAGGAAGGAUGCUCUGAGGGAGUUUGAUUUGCCCUUUGAAGUCAAAGCAGGCUUCAUUGGGAAGAUCACCCUGCAGAUCCCAUUCUACCGGCCGCACAGCGAGCCAUGGGUCAUCUCCAUGUCGCAGCUGAACCUGAUUAUCGGGCCCGCCCGCCCCCAGGAAUUUGACGAGGAGGAGGAGAAGGAGGCGGAGCGUGAGCGCAAGAAACAGCUGCUCAAGGCACUGGAGGACAAGUGGAAGAGCGAGUGUGAGCAGAAAGGGGAGUCAUACUGGUACUCGGUCACUGCCUCUGUGGUCACCAGAAUAGUGGAAAAUAUUGAGCUGAACAUUGAAGGUGUUCACCUGAGAUUUGAAGAUAACUAUUCCAACCCAGAGAAGCCGUUUGCAUUUGGAGUGUGCAUCAAGAAUGUCUCUGCUCAGAACUCGCCCACAGAACGGGCUCAGAGGCUCAUGCGGCAGAAGCAGCUGGAGAUCGAGGAGUUCAGCGUCUACUGGGACACCAGCAGCACCAUGCUGGGUGACCUGCCCACUAGUGAGAUUCAGGACACCAUGACCAAAUGCAUGCAGAGCCGAGAGCACCAGUACAUCUUCGAGCCGGUGUGCGCCUCCGUGCUGCUGCGGAGGAACGCGUCCAAAGAGCCGCUGCGCUCCCGCCACACGCCGCGCAUCCACGGCCAAGUGCAGCUAGAGCCCCUGGCUCUCAAGCUGUCCCAGGUUCAGUACCAGCAGAUCAUGGCCUUCCUGAAGGAGCUGGAUCGCAGGGAGAGGGAAAUGCUGUUUCGCAAAUGGAGGCCUAAAGUCUCCAUCACUGGAAACUGUCGACAAUGGUGGAUGUUUGCCAUCAACGCCAACCUGAGCACCAUCCGGGAGCAGAGGCGGCGCCAUAACUGGAACUUCGCUCUGCAGAGGGCACGGGAUGCCCUGCUCUACACCAGUCUCUAUGUCCAGCGGCUUAAGGGCCUCCCUCUGAGCCCGCAGCAGGAGGACGAGCUAGACAGGGUAGAGGAAGAACAGACCCUGGAGGAGCUGCAGAGCCUGAGAGAGAUCGUCCACGACCGGUUCCGUAAGCAGGAGGAGAUUGCAGAGAGUUUAAGAGAGCCAAUCUCGGAUCCGCCUUGCUCAUCUCCGACGGGCUCCAUACCCAAGAGUGGGAGCUCUGGGAUGAUCCAGUACCUGCAGUCCUGGUUCCCUGGCUGGGGAGGCUGGUACGGAGACUCGCAGGGCCCAGAGAGCGGCCCCGACGGGCAGGGAAUGGCUCCAGAUGACCUACUGCCAGGCCCUGGUUCAUGGGAUAUACUAGCUGACCCAGAUGAGCUGUUUGACCCAUUGGAAGACUCCCAGACUCUCAACACUUUCACAAGGAGGGAUCAUCUCUUUGCCCGGCUGGACUUUUUGCUCGAGAAGGCAUCUGUGACACUCUUACAUCAAGAAAAGACCGCCAUGGCAUCUAAAGAGAGUGGUGUCAUUCAACUGGAAUUUUCAGGUGUCAAGAUUGGUGUGGAGUCCCUUCCCCGCUCGGAGUCCUCCUGUCUCACUGUCAAGCUGGGAGGCCUGUUUCUGAGAGACCUAACCACCCACGGCACAAUCUUCCCUGUCCUUGUCUCUCCUAAAACAGAUAAAGUUGUUGUGGCCAUAAAUCAACCUUUUGGGCAGCCUUCGAGUACAGAAUCAGCUCCCAGCACUGAGUCCUCGGCUGCUCCUGUCUUUGAGAUGAUAUAUGAGCGCAACCCUGUCAGGUGUAAAUAUGAGCGGAGGUUAGAGGUCAACACCAGCCCUCUGAACAUCAUUUAUAACCCGCAGGCCAUUAAAAAGGUGGCCGACUUUUUCUACAAGGGCAAGGUGCACACCUCAGGUUUUGGAUACCAGUCGGAGUUGGAGCUGAGAGUAGCAGAGGCUGCCAGGCGGCAGUACAACAAGCUGAAGAUGCAAACCAAAGCAGAAAUCAGGCAGACUAUUGAUCAGCUGCUUGUCGGCGAGUUCAUUGAGAACGGCAAACGAUGGACAAUGAAGCUGGAUAUAUGUGCUCCACAAGUGAUCUUUCCUGAUGACUUUCAGUCAGGAGAUCCCAUGUUGGUGGUGGUCGAUCUUGGUCGCAUCUUGCUGACUAAUUCACAAGAGGAUUCAAAACCAAAAGUGAAGAUCACCCAGUCAGAUGGAGAGGACUUGAGUGAUGAGGAGUAUCAGACACCGCUAGCGACGCCACCAGAGUCUCCUCCCCCAGAACCAGAAGCUGAGUUUAAGGACCGCGUCAAGAGCCCUGAACUGCCCAGCCUCUCGUCACCCGAAGCUGCUCAGGCCUACAGCAAGAACUUGUACGAAAAGUACUCCCUGUCCUUCAAAGACCUUCAGAUCAUGGUGGGCCGCUACAAGGACAACUGGAAGCACCUGCAGGAGAACGAAGUCGGCCCUACUCACGUGGUGGAGAAGUUCAACGUACUGCUACAGCUUGAGCAGAGGCUCCGCUACACCUCGGACCCCCAACUACCCGGAGCGGUUCUCUCAGGGACCCUCCCUGACCUCAAGGUGCACAUCAACCUGGAGAAGAUGACCGCACUGAGGAGCUGCUUGACUCGCCUGGGCAGCACCACAGCCGAGGAGGAGAAGGGCUUCAACAAGGAAGAGAGCCUCAAGUCUCCCGACCCUUUGACACUACGUCACGAGAAGAUCUUUCAGAGGGAGGACAGCUCCUGGAAACUGCAGGGGUCUGCCAAAAACCUCACUCAGAGUGUAAUGACCCUGGAGCAGCAUACGAGGGAAGUAUUGGUGGAAUCCAGGCUGCUUUUAGCAGAGUUUAACAUCAACUAUAUGCAGCUGGGUGUUGAGAGUGGUGGGCGGUAUAUCUCCGUGCUGAAAGUCUUUGGCACAAACGCCCAUUUUGUAAAACGGCCUUACGAUGCUGAGGUGUCCCUCACGGUUCACGGGCUCCUUCUGGUGGACACCCUACAAACCUAUGGGUCGGACUUUGACCUUUUGGUGGCCUCCCACAAGCAUCUAAGUUUUGACGUGCCUACCGGUAGUCUCAGAGAGAGCCAGCCGACGUCCCCUGUCUCUCCUGAUGGAAGGUCCCCGGAGCCUUCAGACCUCCAUCGGGAGUCAUCGGGAUUGCCUUUUGAGAAAGUGUCUCCCAUGAGUUCCUUUUUCAAGGACCAGGAGGCACUCAUAAAACUGGAGUACCAGUUUGUUAGCUCAGACUGCCCCUCUAUGAACCUGGACAGCUCCCUUCAGGUGACCACCAUGCAGGUGAAUAACUUGGAUAUCAUUCUCAAUCCUGAAACCAUGGUGGAAUUGCUCAAGUUCCUCCAGCAGUCAUUCCCAAAGGAAGAAAGCACAUGUUCGCCCUCGACACAACAAAUAUCACCACUGCCUAAUGGAGAGGGCCAAGAUGAAACCUUUCAGUCCACCUAUGAGCAAAACAUCGAGUUCACUGUGGAGAUUCACCGAUUGAACCUAUUGCUGCUACGGACAGUCUCUACAGGUACUGUUCUGGGUGGAGAAAAGAAAGGCAUGAAAAUCGCUACUGCCAGUAUCAAUGGGACUAAAGUCAACGUUUCCAUGGGAAGCAGAUUGGAUGUCAAUGGUUCCCUUGGGUGCAUCCAGUUGGUGGAUUUAACUCAGGAAGGUGGUAGAGGUCAGUUUGUGGUCAGUAUUGGGAAUGUAGAAGAGAUUCCUACUUCCGAGAAUAUGGCUUUCUUCCGUAAUCCAGGAAUGGCGCCAUCAGAAGCUCUAAAUUUCCGUCUUCUGGAGAGGUCUCAAGGGGAGUGCUCCUUACAUCUCCAGAUGGCUUCCUUGCACUACAAUCACUCAGCUAAAUUCCUGAAAGAGCUCAGCCUAUCUGCCAAUGAGGUGGAGGACAACUUCCGCUCAAUGCUGAAGACCGCUGCUUCUAAAGUAUCGACCGUGCUAGCUAACAAAACUGCAGAGUAUACUGGAAUGGUGUCUCUCUUUGAAACCCCAUCCAGGAGAUCCAGAACUCAAAGUCAGAGUAACUGGCAGCUGGAUCCCUUUGAUGAGGAGGAAGAUUUAACACUGCCAGAGGAAGAGCCAAGCUUGGAUUCUUUUCUGGUGAAGCUAACAUUAAACAUAAGCAUUGAGUCACCUGUCGUGUCCAUUCCCAGAAAGCCUGGUCACUCAGAGCUUCUUGUCGGACAUCUUGGGAGUAUAACAAUCCAGAAUUUCAUAGCAGGGCAGGACUCCGAAGGGGAGCGAUUACAAGUCGAAGUGAAAGACAUCAGGCUGUACUCACUCAACACCUGUCACCUGAUGCACCGAAAGGGACCGCGAAGUGAUAUCGGCUCCAACUCUAGUUUCUCUCCAUCACAUAACGAAAGUCUCAAUCAGGAUGAGCCCCAGUUCACUCGACAUGACUUCUUUGAGGUACUAAGUAGGGGAAAAGCAUUCCAUAUUCUGAAAGACACCACCAUACAGUUCACCCUGGAGAAGGUCCCCUUAGACGUAGACAGCCAGUUCACCUAUCUGUCAUGUGAUGACUCAUUUCAUAGCUCUGGAUUACUCAGAGUGGAGGGCAAAUUUGUCAAUCCUGUCCAGGUUUGUCUGUGCAAGCCAGUUUAUGAGCAGGUGCUUCAGACUCUGGAUAAUCUCUCACUUAUCGAAGACCAGCGGGCAACACCGAGCCAGCCGCCGACCCCACCCCCUCCGACCCCUUCUUCCACCAAGCCACACCGCUUCCCAGAUCCCCAGGGGGGGCUUUUUGCACGUGACCCUCCCCACAUCAACCUGUCUUACUCCUCUUUGUCUUCGUCUCUUUCCACCCCUCUCCCUCUCCAGAACCACAGUCCUCCUCUACAGCCACCUUCGUUCACCCAGGUGAGGGCCACCUUCUGUGUGGCCGAGCUCCAGGUGCAGCUCAGCGCUGACCUCACCCAAGGCUCCCAGGGUUUGGUCAGCCUCCGGUUCCAGGACCUGGAGGGGGAGUUCACCAAAGACCACCCUCACGUGCUUUCGGUCCAGCUCGCUCUGCGCUCCUUGCUCAUGGAGGAUCUGCUCGAACAGAACCCCGAAUCCAAGCACAAGCACCUUAUCGUGUCCCGAGGGGCUCCUAAACCUUCCACCUUCACCCCCAAGGAGUACCUCUCUCAGUCCUGCCCCUCCUCGUCCAACGCUCUGUACCCCGAGAUGCCACGCUCUCUGCCAGCCCACAUGGAGGAGGCUCAAAAUGUCUUCCAGUUCUACCAGAGGCACCCCAGCGCACCUUCGCCCGCCGCCCGCAAGAAAAAGGACCCCACCUGCCCCAGCACACCCCCACCUUCUCCAUCGCGGAACACGCCCUCUCCGCACCCUCCGCCAGAUUUCGACGAAUCGCUGGUGCACAUCAACGUGCUGAUGGUGGACAAGCGUCACCCGGAAUUCCAGACUCGCUACGGGAGCGUCGGGCGCAGCAUUGACGUCGACUUCAACUGCCUGGACGUGCUCAUCACCCUGCAGACCUGGGUGGUGAUCUUGGACUUCUUUGGCAUUGGCUCCACAGCCAACAACCAUGCUGUGAAGCUGCCGCCCAACUCUCCCCAGCCUAUGCCAGGGCACCCCUUGGAUAAUGACUCCCCCAGUGACCUGACGGAUGUCUACCCUGAGAUUAAUGAAGAGGAACUGGAGGAUCGGGUGAACACCAAGCUGGAUCUGAAGGUCCACGCAUUGUCUCUUGUGCUCAACAAGAAGACCACAGAGCUUGCAAAAGCCAGUGUCUCCAAAUUGUUCACUCACAUGGAAAUGAUUGAUGGAGAUCUGGCCCUGCAAGGCAGCCUGGGCAGCCUGUCUCUGAGUGACCUAACCCCUCACGGAGAUCUCUACAGGGAGCGCUUCACGACGCGGGGCGGAGAGGCGCUCGUCUUCAACAUCCACAAGUACGGUGAGCCUGAUCCAUACCUGGAAAGGGAGUGCGACAUCAAGGUGUCCCUCCAGAUGGCCUCGGUGCAGUACGUUCACACCCAGCGCUUCCAGGCAGAAGUGGUGGCCUUCAUCCAGCACUUCACCCAGCUCCAGGACGUCCUAGGCAGGCAGAGGGCCGCUGUCGAGGGCCAGGCGGUGCGUGAGCGUCCCCAGCGGGCAUCGCGCGUGCUGCUGGACAUCGAGGCGGGCGCGCCGGUGCUGCUGAUCCCCGAGAGCUCGCGCUCGCCGCGCCUCAUCGUGGCCAACCUGGGCCAGCUGCGCGUGCACAACUGCUUCCUGUCCGCGGGCACCCAUGGCACCUUCUCUCUCAGAGACAAGGUAGAGAAACUUACCAUGGCACAUGCCUUUUUCCCCUCUCUGGACCGUGUAAAGAGCACUCCGCCAGCAGGGGGCGCCAGUAAGCCCAGUGACGAGGAGUCUGCAGAGAAGGGGAAAUCCUCCAGCAGCUCAGCCUCGACCUCCACCGCCUCCACCUCAGCGUCGGGCUCCGGCUCAGGCCCCAGCUCAGGGUUCACCCUGGGCCGCCCGCAGGCUGCCAAAGGGAGGAUGCCCGACGUAGACGUGCCCUUAGACCCAGAGGAGCAUGUGUGCCUGCUGGACUGCAUCUCUCUGGACCUGCAGGAGAUGGACAUCUUCUCGGCGGAGCGUCUUCCGUGCGAGCCGUGGGACAGCGCGGGCAAGCGGCCGGACACCGACCUGUUCUUCACCUCCUACACGGUGCGGCGCAGCGGGAGCAGCCUGCUGCAGGAGCGCUGCCACCUACGCCUCAAGGUGGAGCGCAACCUGGACAGGGAGUUGAGCCAUGCGGUACCCGACAUGUCCAUCCACGGAAGCCUGUCGUCAGUCCACUGUUCUCUGGACCUGGAGCGGUACCAGCUGAUCCGCGGCCUGCUGGAACUCAACCUGGGCGAGCCGGUGGAGGAGUUCCUGCGGCCGUACAACCUGCAGGACCCCAGCAACUACACGGUGCUCAGUGGGGAUGUGUACACCAGCCUCUCCUUCCUGGUGGACAUGAUGAACGUCAGUCUGGAGCUGUUGGAUAGCCCCAAAUCCAAGGGGCACAAAAAGUCUCUAGCCAGGUUUGACUUCAUGAAGUCCAAGCUGCUCUUUGAGUCGUUCUCCAACGGCUCCAAGUCGGUGAACCUGGUGUCCCACUCUCUGCUGGCCUACGACACGCGAUACGGCGGCUCCACGACGAGGCCGAGCGGGAGCAAGAGCAAGCACAACGUGUUCGACUGCAUCCUGCAGCCCUCCAAGACCGGCAGCAACCGGGCCUCUCUGCAGCUGGAGCUGCACUACAGAUCAACACGGGACUCCUCCUGCUUCACCGUGGUGCUGAACAACCUGCGUGUGUUCCUGAUCUUUGAUUGGCUGCAGCUGGUGCGAGACUUCUUGCGCAUGCCCGUGGAGAAGGGCGCGGCGCCGCCGCGGCAACGUUGGCCCAGUGGCGGCAGCGACUCGAGCGGCACGAGUGGCGCGGUCAUGCCCAAAACGGUCAAAAGUGGUGUGGUGACCAAGAGGUCCACAGUGCCAGUCACUCAGGACCGUUACCUGGAGGUCAAGAUCAAUGUUACAGGAACUGAGUUUGUGGUGGUGGAAGAUUCCUCCUGUCUGGACACAAACGCCAUCAUUCUGAAAGGCACCACCGUACUGACCUACAAGCCUCGCUUUCUGGACCGCCCCUUUUCUGGCAGCCUAGCUGGCAUUGAGGUGUUCUCAUGUCGACUGGGCAGUGAGCAGGAGACGGCCCUGUCCAUCAUCGACCCGGUGAACGUCCAGAUGGAGCUGUGCGGCAGCCCCACCUACCAGAGCAGCUCCGGCCUGCUGGACGCCUUCAACAUCGAGGACUUCCCCCCGCUUCUGGAGAUCCAGUUCCCAGCCCUGGACAUCCGCCUGUCUUAUAAUGACGUGCAGCUCUUCUUGGCUAUUGCCAAGUCCCUUCCCUCGGCUGGCUCCCCCAGCCCCAGUGACUCGUCCACUGUCUCCCUGCCCGGCACGUCCACCUCUACCACUGACCCCCCUGCCAAGCCAAAGGACUCCUUCAGGCACAAGACGGAGAUGCUGCUGGAGGGUCAGCUGAAUCGCCUACAAGACCUGGGCUUCAGGAAGGAGGAUUGCAAACGGGCUCUCAUCCACUGCAAAGGCCAGCUGGACCAGGCGGCGACGUGGCUCCUGGAGAACGCCGAGAGCACGCUGGGCCGGCCGCGCGACGACUCGGACCCCAGCAGCCACUCGGCGCCGCCGCUGUCGGGCAUCGAGGUGAAGGCCGAGAGCGUGUGCAUCUGCUUCAUCGACGACUGUCUGGACUGCGACGUCCCACUGGCUGAGCUCACCUUCUCACGGCUGUACAUGCUGCAGAGAAUCGGCUCGACCCAGGAGGGCAAUGCCAGCUUCACCCUGUCUGGAGAUUACUACAACAGAGAGCUGUCAGGCUGGGAGCCCUUCAUCGAGCCCUGGCCGUGCUUCCUCACCUGGCAGCAGCAGGCGGCCGGCCGUCUCCAUCCCCCGCGCCUCAAGCUCGGGGUGCGCGCCAAGCAGCGGCUGGACGUCAACAUCACCUCCGUCCUGCUGGAGCAGUACAGCACCACCAAGACGUCCUGGCUGGCCGACUACUGCAAGGAGGAGGACGUGGUGCCCCCUCCCCAAAGCUCGGCCUCCGUUUCCUGGAUGGGCUCCUCCGUGGAUCCCCCCUCCUUUGGCCAGACGGACGUCAAGCUGUCCAAGAGGAGGCAGCCCUUCAUCCCGUACGCCCUGAGGAACCACACCGGCUGCACCAUGUGGUUCGCCACGCUCACCACCACACCCACCAGGGUGGCGCUGUCUCACAGCGGCAGCGUGGACUCCAUCUCCGAUACGCAGGGCCCCGGCACGGAUGACACGCACAACGUGAGCCAGUGGAGAGAGGUGCUUCCUGGGGAGGAGAUCCCCUUCGAGUUCGAGGCCCGGGAGAAACUCAGACACAGACACACCCAUGAACUGAAGCUGCACCAGCUCCUGGUCCGUGUUGGGGGCUGGGAGCAGGUCAAGCCCGUCUCCGUGGACAAAGUCGGGGUGUUUUUCCGCUACGCCAACCCUGACCGCAACAACCCGUCAAACACGGUGGGCAGCCCAAUCAGCAGAACCAACAUUAUACACCCACAUGUUUAUUUCUCAGCUCUGCCCCCUGUGCGGGUGGUCUUCUCCAUCACCAUGGAGGGCAGUGCCCGUAAGGUCAUCACGGUGCAGUCUGCGCUCACGGUCAAGAACCGGCUGGAGGUGCCCAUGGAGGUCCGUCUGGACAGCCCCUCAGCUCCAGACAAGCCUGUGGUGCUGCCGCCCAUCCUCCCUGGCCAGGCCAUGGCCAUCCCGCUGCACCUGACCUCCUGGAGGCUGCAGGCGCGGCCCAAAGGCCUGGGCCUCUUCUUCUGCAAGGUGCCCAUCCACUGGACCACCGUGGAGCGGCCCGGCGAGGUCAGCAGCAGCAAGAGGGAGUGCCAGUCGGCCGACUUCGACGACCAGCUCAAGCGUAGCUUCAGGUUCUGUGUGGUCAUUAAGAAGGAGAACUACCCUGACCAGAAGCCUGCUAAGACUGUGGCCGGCGGUGCCAAGCAGAUCUACCGCCAGCCCGGCCACACCAUCUACCUACUGCCCACGCUCGUACUGGCCAACCUGCUGCCCUGCGACCUCAACUACUACAUCAAAGGCACCACCAUCAAGGGCACCAUGAAGCCGGGCAAGGAGGCCGUGCUGCACGCCGCAGACACCUCGCAGAACAUGGAGCUGGGUGUUCUCCUGGAGAACUUCCCUGUGUGCAAGGAGCUGCUGAUCCCCCCCGGCACCCAGAACUACGUGGUCCGCAUGCGUCUGUAUGACGCCAACAAGCGCCUCCUGUGCCUGACCAUCCGCAUCAUCCUCAGGGCCCAGGGAGCGCUCAAGAUCCUCAUCUCCUCCCCGUACUGGCUCAUCAACAAGACCGGGCUCCCGCUCAUCUUCAGACAGGACAACACUAAAGCGGACGCGUCAGGACAGUUUGAGGAGCAUGAGAUGGCCCGCAGCCUCAGCCCGCUGCUCUUCUGCUACACAGACAAGGAGCAGCCCAACAUGUGCACCAUGCGGAUAGGGAAGAACAUCCACCCUGACGGCGUCCCUGGCUGGUGUCAGGGUUUCUCUCUGGACGGAGGCAGCGGUGUGAGAGCCGUGAAGGUGAUCCAGCACGGCCUCAGACCCGGACUCAUCUACAACAUAGGCAUCAACGUGCGGAAAGGGAAAGGCCGCUAUCGCGACACCCACAUCGUGACAUUCGCUCCGCGCUACCUGCUCGACAACCGGUCCUCGCACAAGCUGGCGUUUUCGCAGAGGGAGUUUGCCAGAGGAAAGGGCACGACCAACCCCGAGGGCUACAUCUCCACGCUGCCGGGCUCCAGCGUGGUCUUCCACUGGCCCCGGAACGACUACGACCAGCUGCUGUGCGUGCGCCUCAUGGACAACACCAACUGCACCUGGUCCGGAGGCUUCGAGGUCAACAAGCCCAAGUCUUUUCACGUCAACAUGAGGGACACUCUGGGAAACUGUUUCUUCCUGCGGGCGGAGAUCAGCCUCAAAGGAGCCACCUACCAGAUCUCCUUCAGCGACACCGACCACUUGCCUCCACCCUUCCGCGUAGACAACAUCUCUGAUGUGCCCAUCCAGUUCUGGCAGCACGGCGUGGCCGACAUCCGGCUGCACACGGAGGUGAAGGCGGGCUCGGAGCUGGACUACGCCUGCGACGAGCCCACGCUGCCCCCCUACCUCACGCUCACCGUCAAGGGCGCCGGCUCGUCCGAGGUCUCCGCCGACAUGAACUUCUUCCGCGAGUACAACAAGCUCUACUACGAGAACUUCAUCUACAUCGCCGCCACGUACACAUUCUCCCAGGACGCAGGGAAGAGGCCGGUGGGGAAGAAACGCGUGGUGGGCUGCGCUGAGCUGGUGCUGGACGUGGAGCCAAAGACGCAGAGGGUCAUCCUCAAGAAGAAGGAGCCAGGGAAGCGUUCCCAGCUCUGGAGGAUGACUGGCACAGGGAUGCUCUGCCACGAAGGCUCCUCCCCCCCACAGAGCAAGCCCGCCCAGCCCCGCCCCCUGGACUCCUCUCUGGUCCUGGACAUCGCCGGCUUGGCCGCCGUCACAGACAACAGCUUUGAGCCGCUGAUGUUGCGGAGGCCAGACUCCAGACGCAGCACCACCCAGACGUGGCACUUCAGCGACGGCAUGCUCACCUGCGGUCUCCCCCGACUGGUGGUGCAGGUGAAGGGUGGUGUGUCGGGGCUGUUUGACGGGGCGGAGGUGGUGCUGGGGCCCGACUCAGGCCUCAUGGCCCCGACCCCAGAACAGCAGUUCAUCAACCAGAAGAUGCGGCCCGGCUCAGGGGUCCUCUCCGUGCAGGUCGUCCCCGAUGGACCCACCAGAGUCCUGCAGAUAAGUGACUUCAACCACCGUCGCAUGAACCGGCCGUCCAGCACGGAGGAGAACCAGAGCAAAGAGGUCGCGGAGAAGAAGGCCCCCGAGGAAGAGCUGGAGGUGCUGGUGAACCUUGAGGACGGCGUGGGAGUGUCUCUGGUCAACAAGGUCCCCGAGGAGCUGGUCUUUGCCACGCUGUCGGGCAUCGACGUCCACUUCACUCGCACCGCCGGGAGCCAGGUGCUGGAGAUGAGCGUGCAGAAGCUUCAGGUGGAUAACCAGCUCCUGGGCACCACUCAGCCAGUCAUGAUGUGCAUGACCCCUGCCUCCAGCGAGAGCAACAUCAGCGACUCGGGCCCUGCUCUCCAGGUCAACGCCGUCAAGGUCCCCAGCAGCCUCAUGCUCACCGACCUCUUCAAGCAUCUGAUGGUCACCGCUCGGAGGUUCACCGUCAUCAUCGAGGAGAAGCUCCUACUGAAGCUGCUAAGCUUUUUUGGAUACGGCCAGACUGAAGAGAUGGAGAAGCUGGAUGAGAACCUGUAUGAGAGGAGUAGUGAGGACACUGGGACUCCCAAGCGCUACUAUUUUGAGAACCUGAAGAUCAGCCUCCCUCAGGUCAAACUCAGUGUGUUCACCUCCCACAAACUUCCUCCAGACCUCAAGGCGCUGAAGGGCACCUUGGGCAUCCCCCUGAUCCGGUUCGAGGACGCCAUCAUCAACAUGUACCCGUAUACCCGCGUGCACCCGUACGAGACGCAAGAAAUCAUCAUCAACGACAUCCUGAAGCACUUUAGAGAGGAGUUGAUCAGCCAGGCGGCUCAGAUCCUGGGCUCGGUGGACUUCCUUGGCAACCCCAUGGGUCUGCUGAACGACGUGACCGAGGGCGUGUCCGAGCUCAUCAAGUACGGCAACGUGGGCGGCCUCAUCCGCAACGUCACCCACGGGGUCUCCAACUCGGCGGCCAAGUUUGCGGGCACCUUAUCCGACGGACUUGGGAAAACCAUGGACCACCGACACCAAAGCGAGAGAGAGUACAUCCGUUACCAUGGCGCCACCAGCGGAGAGCAUCUCGUGGCUGGGAUCCACGGCCUGGCACAUGGCAUCAUCGGGGGCCUGACCAGCGUCAUCACCUCCACGGUGGAGGGCGUGAAGACAGAGGGCGGAGUCAGUGGCUUCUUCUCAGGCCUGGGGAAGGGGCUGGUCGGCACGGUGACCAAGCCUGUUGCCGGGGCACUGGACUUUGCCUCAGAGACAGCGCAGACCGUGAGGGACAUGGCCAGCCUUAGCAACCACAGGCUGAGUGUGCUGCGGGUGAGGAAGCCGCGCUGCUGUAAGGGUCCUCAGGGUCUGCUGCCGCGCUUCUCGUCCACUCAAGCCGACGGACAGGAGCAGCUCUUCUUCCUCACCGACAACAUCCACUCCGAGUUCUUCAUCGCCGUGGAGCCCAUCGAUACCUACUGCGUGCUCAUCUCCUCCAAGGUGGUGUACUUCCUUAAGCCGGGCGAGUUUGUGGACCGAGAGGCCAUCUUCCUGGAGGUGAAGUACGACGACCUGUACCACUGCCUGGUGUCCAGGGACCACGGGAAGGUGUACGUGCAGCUCACCAAGAAGGCCGAGAGCACCAGCAGCGGCGUGGCCAUCCCAGGGCCGUCACAUCAGAAGCCCAUGGUUCACGUGAAGAGCGAGAGCCUGGCUGUGAAAAUCUCCCAAGAAGUCAACUAUGCCAAGAGCCUUUACUACGAGCAGCAGCUGAUGCUGCCGCCCAGCGACAACGAGGACAGCCUGCUGCUGGACUCCUAAACCCCCUCACACACACACACCACCACCACCAAUAAAUCUCAUCUCUGCUGCUGGACUAACACCCCCCCCCCCCCACUCUCCAAUCUCUGCUGCUGGACCCUUCAACCCCCCUCCCCUCUCCACACACACCUCAUACCUGCUACUGGACUCCUAAGGCCCCCCCACAGCACCACCUCCUCCUCACCGCUGUUGGCUGGCAGGUGCGGCUCCUACACUACGCUCACCACUAGCCCUGACCUCUCUGUCUCUGUUCUGUUUCUGAGCACCCCUAACGAUCACUGUUAAAGACGUCCGCCCCAAUGCCAAGACAAGACUUUUCUUUUGGUUAGUGUUUUUGGUUUAUGCAAUACAGACCUGUGGAGAGGGUCUUGUGUAUGCCCCCAUCAAGCACAUUAGAUGAAAUACUAUAUGUAUAAAAAAAAAAGAAAUAAGAAUAUGCAAUUAUUUUAUCAAGUGACAUGGAAAAAAAAAAGAUUAUUUUGGUUUUACAAAUUUGUUUAUAAGAUUGCAAGUGAUUGCAGUUGCUAGACGUGCACAUAGUCUUAUAAAUGUUUGUGUAUAAAUAAAUAUGUACAUACGUAUAGCUGAACACCAACACUAUCUGCCCUGUACAUAUCUGUGGUAAAACAAAUAAUUAUGAAGGUUUAUAUUGAAGUGAACACAUAAAAGUAAAAAAAAAAAAAAAAAAAAAAAAAACACCUCAAUAACACAAAAUGAACAAAUGCUGUACAAAACUGCCUUGAAAAUGUUUUUUUUCUCUCUGUGUAUGAAGGGUUUUUUUCUUGUGUGUGUGUGUGUGUUUGAGUGAGAGUGUGUAUGUGUGUGUGAGAGAUCACUCAUAAAUUGCACUGACUGUAGACGUGGAGAACUUGUGGUUCACAGCCCACACUGACACAGGGACAUGAUGACCUAAUCGCCCUCACUCACCCCACCCGCCAUCUCGCUCUCACGCCCUCUUCAUCACCCUCUCAUCCUCUUCCUCACCCUCUCACUGCCCACUGUAUCAUCAUCUUUCUCCCUCUCUCAUCCUCACCCUCUCAUCUUCUUCCUCACUCUCACUGCCCACUCCUGCUUGGGUCACCUGCACAAUCGCCAGCUAUGGAGUGCUUCAGAUGUCUUUCUUUCCUUUCAAUCGAUUUAGUAUUUGAAGGAUUUAUACUUUAUAAGGAUGAACUCUUCCUUGAGAGAAAAAGCAUGUGUGCGCGUGUGUGCGGGCGAGCUUGUGUGUGUGCGUGUGUGCGUGUGUGCGUGUGUGCGUGUGUGCGUGCGUGCGUGCGUGCGUGCGUGCGUGCGUGCGUGCGUGCGUGCGUGCGUGUGUGUGUGCGUGCGUGCGAAUGCUGUCCCCAUCUCUGCUGUAAAGGGACUCUCCUUUUUUGGGGGUAGGUUGCCCGUUUAUCCAAAGCUUGUGAAGAUAGCUAGUGAGGAGUGCUUGAGCUUCUUAAUAAACUGACCUUGAUGUGAAGUGCAGAACUAUUAUUUUAUUUUAUUUUGUUCCUUUCCUUCUCUUCGCUCUCUCUCUCUCUGCUUCUAAUAAAGAACCGCUGCUCAGCAGUGUUCCAGACCAACGUUCUGUGCCUUUUAUUCAUGUGUUACUGGACGUGUUUUUGAGCUUUCCCAAGCGCAGUAAAUCCUCCGUCUGUUUUGCAAAUAUCGGGGUCAACGCUGCUCCCGUGUCUCUGUAGUUUCUGCAUAUCCCAGCUCAUUCCAGCCCUCCGCUCAUGUCAAGGUUUUCAUCCAUCAACAUGUCCCCAAAUGCUAUCAUAGAGGCUUCUUUUGAUGUGAGAUCUGUGGUGAUAGGAUGUAUGGAGCCACUGCUCUGCACCUUCAUCCUUAUGCAGGUGAAUCAAUCAUACUCUUGAUUAAAUCUGCCUCUAGAUUAGUCUUUAAGGAGUGACUCGUAAAAGGCAGAUGUAGUUAUGUACAUAUCUACGGUGUUUCAUGAAAGGCAAUAAUAAAUAGUGUAGCACUGAAAAGAGUGAGUAUUAGAUGGCUUUGCCAGUUUUUUUUUUUUUUUUUUUU